CAUCAUCUUCUUCUUUCUGCACCUCUUUCUAUGUUUCACUGUUUCUCGUCUCCCAUCGACCGCAGAUCGGUCACCCACCGAGGUUUCUUUCUUCUCCGUCACUCCCUCCAGCGGCCACACACCGCCACGCCAACCCUUUCUUUCUUUUCUCUUCAUCUCAGCCGUUGCCAUUGUCGGUCGUCGGCAUACCUUUGUAUCAUUUUUCUUUCUUUUUCACUAUCUCUCGCAACCUCACUCCGCAAGCUGCCGUUUGCACGAUGCUUCCAUCUCGAGGUCUAUCGUGGUGAUCAAAGUAUUUUUUGCCCAAGGGAAACAAAUAAUUUCGAUUUCGAUUUCGAUUUCGAUUUUGAAGUGAACUAUGAAUCCUCUAACCCUAGUCAAACGCAUCCAGAAAAUCAACGCUCAAGAGGCCUCGCUUGGGAUUUCUGAGGAAGCUUCAUGGCACGCCAAAUACAAAGAUUCCGCCUACGUCUUCGCCGGAGGCAUUCCUUAUGAUCUCACUGAGGGAGAUCUCCUCGCUGUAUUCGCCCAGUAUGGAGAGAUCGUAGAUGUUAAUCUUAUCAGAGACAAGGGUACAGGAAAAUCAAAAGGCUAUGCCUUUGUUGCAUAUGAAGAUCAGAGAAGUACAAAUCUCGCUGUAGAUAAUUUGAAUGGAGCACAGAUUCUAGGUCGAAUCAUUAGGGUUGAUCAUGUGCAUAAUUAUAAAAAGAAGGAAGAGGAAGAUGAAGAAGAAGAACAAAAGAAGAGGGAAGCUCGGGGUGUUUGUCGUGCAUUUCAAAGGGGUGAAUGUACCCGUGGAGCUGGAUGCAAAUUCUCCCAUGAUGAGCAGAGAGCUGCGAACACAGGCUGGGGGGCGGCAGAAGAUGCAAGUUCGAAAUGGGGGCAUGACAAGUUCGACGAUCGAAAAGAUCAUGACAGAGAAUUGCGUGCAAAGGGAAGGAAAAAUAGUGAUGACUUAGAAAGACAUCCAAGGGAAGCUAGUGGGAGGCUGAGACAGGAAAAUAAACUGAAAGGCUGGGAUGAUAGUAAAGAAUUAGAACUCAAGUCGAGAGAGGAUCAUGACUGGAAAGAUGAAAAGAGAUCGAGACGUCAUGAUCUUGAUGGAAGUCGUGAGCUGAAGUCCGGAGAUGAUUAUUAUAAUAGGGAAGAGAAGAGAUUUAAAAGGAACCAUGAUGAUAAUGGGAAAGAAGAGAAGAGGUUGAGAAAACGUGACGACGACGAGACGAAAUUAGAAGACAACCGCUAUAUGAAGGAAGAAAAUAGAUAUAGAAGGAACCAAGACUAUGAACUGCCACAGCAUUCAAAAAGGGACUACAAUAGGGAAGAGGACAGAUCAAAAAGGCAUGGUGAUGACGAGUAUUGGCCAAAGCGGAGGGAUGAUGAUAGUAGAAGGGAAAAAGAUAUAUCGGUAAGACAUCGCUCAGAAUCACAUAGGAGGGAAAAUCCUGAUGAGAAAAGAGACUACCGAUCCUCUCAUGGUAGAGAUUCUUCAUCACAUUCCCAUAGAGAAAGAAACGAAGACCGUCGUAGAUAAAAUGAAAGAAGACACAGCAGCUCAUCACGGUUACUCGGUUAGUCCUGUCAUGUUAAUUUUCUAGAACAAGUUUUCAACAUUAUUUUGGAACAUAUUUUGGUUUUCUGAUGGCCUGGUCUGUUUCCUUGUAUUGUAAUAGGAACUUUUUUGGCCCCUCACUGUUUGUACCAUCAAAAUGGGCACUCUUUUAUUUGGAAAUCUCUUUGAGUAGAAAAGUUAAGUUCUUGCUGUGACAUGUGAGUGGUUGUAAAGGAUCAUGUAUUAUCUUUGGCUUAAGAAUAUAGAUUAUUUCAGUUGAAAGAA